AUGGCCGACUCCAGCGAUGACGUGGGACAGCUGUCCACUACACAACAGGAGGCUCUCCAGCAAUACAUUCAGGUCACGAACCAAGAGCCUAAGGAGGCCAUUCCAUUGUUGCAACGAUCACAAUGGAACGUUCAGAUCGCCAUUGCCAAAUUCUUCGACGGCGAGGGGCCCGACCCAGUAGCCGAAGCCAUGGCCGCACAAGAGGUUCCCCGAAUGACAGCCAGACACGAAAACCUGCAAGAAAGCCUUCUUGCCGAAGGUUUCUCCCCACGAACGGAACGAAGACAGCAAACGGACUUGGCACCGAGGAUCGUGCCGCAACAGCCCGUAACCCGUCGCUCACCGUGGCUCUUGGGACUUCUUCUCGCCCCGUUUGGCUGGGGAUGGCGCGCAGCUUCAACCUUAUUCAGGACAUUUUGGUACAUCCUAUCCUUCCUGCCGGCGUCAAUUCGACCACGUGCGGUUACGAGUCGCAUGUCAUCCGGAUUCAAAGACACCAGCGGUCGUCGAAUGUUGAUGCCCCGCGAUACGGCUGCCCGAUUUAAGCGCGAAUUCGACGAAGAGUACGGACAGAACGAACUUCCCUUCUUUGAGGGCGGACUGGCCCAGGCACAUGAUCUGGCCAAGAAGGAGCUGAAGUUCUUGCUCGUGAUUCUGUUAUCCCCAGAGCACGAUGACACGGCACCAUUUAUUAGAGACACACUGCUUUCACAAGACGUAAUAGAUUACAUCAAGGACCCCACAAACAACAUCAUUCUUUGGGGUGGCAAUGUCCUGGACUCGGAAGCAUACCAAGUAGCCACCGAAUACACAUGCACAAAAUUCCCCUUCACAGCACUAGUCUGCCUCACACCGAAGGAGGGCAGCACCCGCAUGGGCAUUGUUAAGCGCCUCGUUGGACCCAUGCCAGCAAGCACAUACCUCUCGGAACUACAAAACUCGGUUGAGAAGUACGGCUCCGACCUCGACGGCGUGCGGGCGGAACGAACCGCACAAGAAGUAUCAAGGAACCUCCGCAACGAGCAGGAUUCGGCGUAUGAACGAUCUCUCGCCAUUGACAGAGAACGGGCCCGCCAACGGAAAGAGGCAGCUGCAGCUGCAGAAGCCGCCGAAUCGUUGGCCCGGGAAAAGGCCCAAGAGGCGGCAUUACUCGAGAGGAAGCGCAACCAAUGGAAGACAUGGCGCACAGCCAAGCUGCUCCCCGAACCAGCAGCAGACGAUAAGAAUGUGGUACGCGUCGCGCUCAAAAUGCCCGAGGGCUCGGGGGCCGGCCGCAUUGUCAGGAGGUUCGCGCAGGAUGCGCCGGUGGAGGAGCUCUAUGCCUUUGUGGAAUGCUACGAUAGGUUACAAGGCGGAGCUGACGACAGCACCGAAGAGGCAGCCUCUGAUGUGGAGGCGCCCGAGGCGUAUGAGCACAAGUAUUUGUUCAGAAUAGCCUCGACGCUGCCGCGCGUGGUGUAUGAAGCUAGCACUACAGCCACGCUGGGGGAAAGGAUUGGCAAAUCCGGCAAUUUGAUAGUCGAGGAGGUGUCGGGUGAUGAUGACGACGACGACAACGACCACCAAGAUGAUGCUCAAUGA